AUUCGGAGAAGGGGAACCUACAAGAAGUUUCGCAGGUCAUCGAUUGUUGUGAUCGCAAGCAAAGCUGUCUCUCUAUCUCUGCCAAAUUCAUUUCCCAAAAUUGCGAAAUUCGAUCUCUUCGAAGAAGAAGAAGAAGAAGAUGCAGCAUCCUUCCGACGCCACUGGAUCAUCCUAUUACCACCAAUACUAUCCCACGCCUACGCCGGCCGAUCCGCCGACGUUUAAUCCUGUUUCCACCGCAUCGUACGCCUCUGCCCCUCCCGUGGCGGUCUCGCCGUCCGAUUACUCCAGCUACCCCCCUUUCCUGGCGAAUCCAGAUCAUGCCCCAAGCGUGCCUCAAUAUUCAUUUCCUCACCUGCAGGACAAUUCUCAAUUUCAUCAUUUGUAUCAUCAGAAUCCAGCGCCUGUUAAUUAUGGAUAUGAUGAUGUUCCUCCAAAUCCGAACCCUACCCCCAAACCUAACCCUAAUCCCGAGCCGAAAUAUGAUCACUCGUACCCCUUAAAUUCGUAUCCGUAUGACUCAGCAGCUGCGCCGCCCCCGCCCUAUCACGCCAAUUCAAUUGAAAGCAAUUUCAGUUAUGGAGGGGCACAGCAGGGGGGUUUUGAUAGUGGGGUUUAUAAAUACAAUGGUGGUCAAGGAGGGGGGUUUUCUUAUGGUGAGAAGGGGAGCUGGUCCUCCGAUUCUGGAACGAGCGGUGGUGGGUUGAUGUUUGAUGAUUAUGGGAGGCCGAUUAGUGUUCCUGGAGGAAAAGAUCAGAGUGGAUUUGAGGAAUCAUUGCCUAAGAUUGUUAAGGCGGUUCCAAAAGUAGAGGGUUCUGAGGAUGUUAAGAGUGGUAUUCAGAAGUAUCGUGUCAAGCUUUUGUCUGAAGGUUUUGGUCAAUCUGAUACGGAUGUUCUUUGCCAGAUUGGCCUAGAUGGGAUAAGGUUUUUGGAUCCAGCAACUAGCCGGACUUUAAAAAUAUAUCCACUUGACACGAUAGCUAGAUGGGAGGUGUUAGAUUCAUAUAUAUUUGCAUUCUGGGCCAAAACCAGUGUUGAUCCAGAACCAAGACGAAUUAGGCUGAAAUCAAAUAGCUAUACCACAAACAAUAUUCUGGACACUGUCACAGCAGCAAGCAUACAGUCCAAGGAGAUUGGUUCAAGCAGUAACCCUGCAGAUCAAAUUAAGGGAUCUGAACAAUCAGUCGAGAAGAAGAAAGUCUUCAUUGAUUGGAAGAACUUGAUGAAGCCAGUCAACGAAGAGAAGGAUCACUGGGUUCCAGAUGAAGCAGUCACUAAGUGCACAGCUUGUCAGACAGAUUUUAGUGCCUUCAAUCGAAAGCAUCAUUGUCGUAACUGUGGGGAGAUUUUCUGUGACAAGUGCACACAAGGGAGAAUUGCACUCACUUCUGAUGAACAUGCUCAACUCGUUCGAGUCUGUGACCGAUGCAUGGCAGAAGUAACUCAACGGCUUAGCAAUAAGGUAGCACCUGGUAGAGCAGCUGAAUGGCAGAGCCAUGAGGAUCUUGCGAGGAAACUUCAGGAGGAGAUGAACAAACAACGCAAGUCUGGAGCAAAGACUGAGGUCUCCGGCACUAGAAUGAGAGAAGUUGCCUGCCCAACUUGCACUGUCCAUUUACAGGUAUCCGUUCCGGCUUCAGGUUCUGAAACCAUAGAAUGCAGUGUGUGUCAGCAUCCAUUCCUUGUCAGUGCUCAUUGAUUCCAAAUAGUUAAAGAGUAUGAUCUGGUUUGUAACUUUCUACUGAUCUAUAUCUAUAGCUGUGAUGCUUGCAUAACUUUCUUUAUCAAAUGCACAGCAUGGUUGCGUGUACAUCUUGAUGAUAAGACUUCUGGCAUGUAGCUUUCAUCUUCAUUCAACUCCGGAAUGAUGAACAGAUAGACAGAUGAUGCUUUGUACAAGUUAUUGAUCUUUAUAUCUAUGAAUUUGCUAUCUACCUUUAUGUUUA